GGGCCGAGCAUCUCUGGUAGCGCUGGCUGAGGCCGACUUCGCGCAGGCAAUGGUAGCGAAAUAUGCCGUGGGGGUCAACUCUUGUUCGUCAGCGAUACUCAUCGGUCUCAUGUGCGUUGGAGUCAAGGCCGGCGACGAGGUGCUGACCAACGCCUUCACGUUCACCGCUGUCCCCUCCACUAUUUUGAGACUAGGAGCGAAGCCCUGUCUGGUGGAGUGCGGUGAUAGCUGGACGAUGGACCUUGAUGAUCUGGAAAAGAAGGCCAAUGGGGGACGCGCCAAAGUUCUCCUCCUUUCGCACAUGCGCGGGAAGGUGUGUGACAUGGACCGGGUGUCGGAAAUCUGCGAGAGACACCGCCUGACGUUGGUCGAGGACUGCGCUCACGCGGCCGGGGUCACGUGGCGCGGCCGGCAGCUGGGGUACCACGCCAAGGUUUCCGCGUUUUCGACUCAAUCGGACAAGGUGAUCAACUCCGGGGAGGGAGGUUUUGUGACCACCUCGGACGACGAGAUGGCCGCUAAGGCCAUCUACCUAUCGGGGGCCUACGAAGGGCGCUAUUCCAAGCACCUGGUGCGCCCGUCCGAUGCCCUGUGCGAGGCGGCCAGGUUUUCUGAGCCAAACCUGUCGGUCAGGAUGAGCGAGACCACCGCCGCGGUGCUGAGGCCGCUCCUCAAGAGUUUGCCCUCGAGGGUGCUGGAGUACAACCGCAGAUACAAUAUCGUGGUCAAGACAAUGGAGGCAGAGGCUCUAGGGUUGAUCGAUGUGCCGAAACAGCACGAACUGGUAGGCGCGGUCGGGGAUCACCUCAACUUUCGACUGAAGAAAUUUUCCGACGAGGGUAAUCUCUCUUUCCAGGCCAAGUGCAAGGAGCUCGGGGUGCCUGUGAACUGGCUACGCUCGGGUGGAAACGCGCGAUGGCACGUCAAUUGGCGAGGAUUCGGCUGCCCCGCGCAAGACUUGCCGGUGACGGACAGCGCGCUGGCGAUGGCGUACGACCUCAAGCUCCCGCCGUACUUCGAGGACGAAGACUUCGUUCACCUGGCGCGCAUCAUUGCGUACGCGGCGCGAUCAUGUUGUCGUUCCGCCGCGGACGGUGGUGGCAGCCCACGGGUUUCGCCGCAGCACCAGCAGGAAGAGGUGGGGCAGGAGCGGGAAGGCGGGGGGGUGGAAGGCACGCAGCCGCAGAAGGACACCGAGGAAAUUUCACCGGGAAAAUGUGUCGGCGCACACCCGUAAGAGGGUAGGGGAACAGGACAAAUGAGGACGAGUUUGUUUCUUGGCUCGCGGGUUUGUUUUUGUAAGUGAGACUGAGUCAUCGCUCUUGUAUUUGCGGUGUGUCCUCACGGGGACGGUGUGGGAAGUUUCCUCACCAUACCACUCGCUUGUUUGGUUCAUCAACUUUGUAUAACGUUUGUUAGGGACCGUGAUCGCGGCAAGUGAUUGCGGCAAUACCCCAAGAUUGGCUGGAGAGACCCAUCUGUUGAGGAGUUAGAGAGGUAUGUCAGUGAGUUUGACACCAAAUUGUGCUGGUUUUUUGGGAUGGUGAUUGCGGUAGUAACAUGACGUGUUUCGAGAAAGCCCUCCGUUGAGAGGGUUGGCCGUUGUGCGUAAGUGUGCCAUCAAUGACUGUGCCGUUUCGCAUUGUCGGCUUUUCCAGGAGUGCCCGUCGGCCGGGAGUGAAAGUCAUGCUGUAUCUCCAUUGAUGUCUCGGAUGAAGUUUGUUUUGAGGAAGGCGGGUGAGAUUCGACUACCGUUGGCAGCCGGGCACGGGUUGUUUUCGAGGGGUGGCAUGCCGCAGGGAUAUGCCACGCCCCCGUGUCAGGAACUCCUACACGGACCAGUAGAUUCAGGGACAAAGCUGAAGGUCAAAUUUGGGAUUGGGGACAGCGGUCUUCGAGAACGCAGACGAAGAUUUAGGACGGCAACAAGUUGAAGUGGGAAAGUAGUUACGAGUGCGAAGACCGGGUUCAUGUAGUUGCAGAAUGUCCUUUUUGUCAAAGGUGGGAGAAAUGCACAUGACUGAGCUGGGAAAAAUGAAGAGGGGGUUACAGAUGUUUCGGGCAUGGGAUAGUCAGGAGAAGGCGUGGCUAUUCUGGGACAUGGGACGUGGGAUGAAAAAGGCGGGAAGUGAUACAGGAUAGAUAAAAACGGGAAAACAAUUUUGAGCCACCUUCGGCUAAUUAGGAAGUAACAAUUGGACAUCGGUGGUUGGUCCUAUGGGAAGAAUGCUCAGUCCUCUCGAAGACGCAUGGUCACUGGUCUAACCACUAAGGCAUGCAAAACAUGAGUAUGCCCCCCUCGUGUUGGGAACUCCCGGUGUGUAUCUGCGUAUGUAUUUAAAUGUUCAAGACACGGCGGCCCCGGUGAUGUGUUAGUUGUAUGGAGUGUUUUUUGGCGAAAGUCAAGCAGAAACAUCCUACAAAGAGUGAUGUCCUUCGCUUUACUAGGUCUCGUUGAAAAGGCGAAGAAUCGGAACUUGCGCGGCAGGUAGAUCCUCGUGCUUGUGUGCACCAGCGAAUUGUGCCGUUCAGCGCUGCCGGCGUUCCAGGAGAGCAAGUCGGCCGGGAGUGAAAGUCUUGCUGUAUUUCCAUCGAUGUCUCGGGAGAGGUACGUUUGAAGAGGGUGGAUGAGGGUCGACCACCGUUGGCUGCCGGGCGUGGGGUGCCUUAGCGGGUAGCAUGCCGCAGGGAUGCUACGCCCCCGUGUCGGGAAUUCCCCCGUGUAUCCGCUUGCCGUGUUUGCUGUUCAAGUCCAUGACGACGCCAGUCGACGUGUCACUUAUGUGGAGUAGUCUGGCGUAAGAAAACUACGAACAUGAUGUUCGGAGCAAAGCAUUAUUUCGCAUCACCAGGCCUCAGUUUAUGUUUUUUCUGCGAUUG